ACCAUACCCGAAACCAAAACCGAAACAGCAAGAAACCACAACCACAACAAUAACAAUAAUAACCGUAACUACCAUAACCGUCAAAACCGUAGAAAACCGCCGAAAUUACCUCACAUUCUUUCAGAUUCGAGUCCUUCCGAUACUCCUCGAAGUAACUACUCGAAUAUCUUCCCAACCGCGUAUUCUACUUAUUCAACUACUCCUUCUCAAGCUUCCUCUGUUUGGAAUUGGGAAAAUUUUUACCCUCCUCCACCACCACCUCCUCCUGCUUCUGAUUACUUCGAUCAAAGAAGCCACGUCAGCACCAACACCGCCAAUAAUAAGAAGCAAUGUUCACAAAUCGACACCGAAGAAGAAGAAGACGAAGAACACUAUUCAGAAGAAGAUGAAGAUGAAGAAUAUUCGGGACCGCGUUCUGAACAGAACUUUAAUACUAAUCACCAUCAUCAUCAUCAUCAACAGCAGCAUCAGCAUCAGCGUCAGCAGUUGGAUGAUGAUGAGAGAUCGGAGUAUGAUUUCUUCAAACACGGAGAACAAGCGUCGUUUCGAAAACAAGCGUCGUUUAAGAAAGAGGGGAUGUCGUUUCAGAAGCAGCAUCAUCUGAUUGAGGAUUAUGCUGAGACUGAGAGAGAGGAAGUUCAUUGCAGCGAGUGGGGGGAUCAUUACAGCACCACUACCAGCUCCGACGAUGACGGUGGCGGCCAUGGUGGUCGUGUUGGUGCAGUGGUGGAGGAGGAGGAGGAGGAUUCUAGGUCUGAGAGGAGCAGGUCGAAUUUCGGAUCGUCAGUGAGGGGGUCUUCCAUGAGGGGAUCGUCGGUGGUGGGAGAUCCGGUGACGCCGCCGCCUCCGAUGGCAGGGAAGAAGGCGGCGCCGGCGGUGGAGGAGGAUGACGCAAGGAGCAAGUAUGGGGAGAUGAUGGAGAUGAAGAUGGUGGUGCGGCAUAAGGACUUGAAGGAGAUCGUGGAAGCCAUUAAAGAGAGCUUUGACAAAGCUGCGGUGGCCGGAGAUCAGGUCUCUGAGAUGCUCCAGAUCAGUCAGGCACAACUCGAUCGCAGUUUCAAGCAAUUGCGGAAAACUGUGUAUCAUUCAAGCAGUUUAUUGAGCAACCUGAGCUCCACUUGGUCCUCGAAACCACCAUUGGCAGUUAAGUACCGGCUGGACACUGGUUCGCUGGCUGAACCAGGCGGUCUGAAGAGUCUCUGCUCCACUCUGGAGCGACUACUGGCUUGGGAGAAGAAGCUCUACGAGGAAGUUAAGGCUAGAGAAGGUUGGAAGAUUGAUCAUGAGAAGAAAUUGUCAGCGCUGCAGAGUCAGGAAUACAAAGGAGAGGACGAAGCAAAGAUAUUCAAAACCAAGACUUCCAUAAAUAAGUUGCAAUCACUAAUUAUUGUCACAUCUCAGGCUGUGACUGCCACCUCAACCGCCAUUAUUGGCCUUAGGGACUCUGAUCUUGUUCCUCAGCUUGUUGACCUUUGUCAUGGAUUCAUGUACAUGUGGAGAUCAAUGCACCAGCACCAUGAAACUCAAAGCAACAUAGUACAGCAAGUCCGUGGCCUUGUGAACAGAUCUUCCAGAGGCGACUCAACUUCUGAGCUGCACAGACAGGCGACACGUGAUCUUGAAUCCGCUGUGUCGGCUUGGCACUCCAGCUUCUGUCGCCUUAUAAAAUUUCAGCGCGACUUCAUCGUCUCCUUACAUGCCUGGUUCAAGCUUAGCCUUGUUCCAGUCCAUAAUGAUAAUGUCAACCUCAGCAUCAGCAGGGAACCCAACGAUGCAUACAUGUUUUUUGAUGAAUGGAAGCUCGCCCUUGAACGUGUCCCCGACACGGUUGCAUCUGAGGCCAUCAAGAGCUUCAUCAACGUUGUCCAUGUGAUAUACACCAAGCAAUCUGAGGAGCUCAAGAUCAAGAAGCGAACCGAGAGCGCUUCCAAGGAACUCGAGAAGAAGUCUUCGUCCUUGAGAACCUUAGAGAGGAAGUUUUAUAAUUCUUAUUCUAUGGUAGGCAUUAGUCUUCCUGAUACCGGACCGGAUAACGGACAAGGUCUGGACGCACGGGACCCCCUAGCUGAGAAGAAAUUGGAACUUGCAACAUGCCAGAGGCGAGUCGAAGACGAAAUGCUGAGGCACUCAAAGGCUGUGGAGGUGACAAGAGCAAUGACACUCAACAAUCUGCAGACAGGGUUGCCUGGAGUUUUCCAAGCACUUACCAGUUUCUCUUCAUUGUUCACUGAGGCUCUUGAAUCUGUGUGUACCCGUUCCUAUGCCAUCAAGUAGUAGGUAUUUUUUAUAUUUAUUUGUUCUGUUCUGGGAUCUUAAGUU